AUGGUGGACCAACAGCAUGAAUAUGGCUACAUUCGCUGGGAGAUUCUGGAAAUUGUAGUUCGAAAAAGUCGCAUCACCAAAUCGGCCGGGUGCUUGCUUACCCCAAGAGCGUGCUGGCUCUCUUUCCGCUCCGAAAGUUGGCGGCGAGGCUUGGGCGCGAGAGGAGGCUUGUUCCACGCGCGUUUCUUCUGGGGGAGGCUGCGUGUCCCUUCACCGCCCCCUUCCUGCCAGGAGCAGGCGUGGGGAAGAAGGCAGCGGCCCCUCGGGCUCGGAGGGAGGGCGGGGGCGCCCCAUAUUCUCCUCCUCCUCUCUCCCUCCUCCGACCUCCUCCCUCCCUCCUUCGAGCCGAGACCCCCAAAACUGCUGGGUCUUCUCUGGGCGCCUGGCGAAGGCAAGACCCCGCGUCCUCCUCUGGCGACGUUCCUAUGGCAGCCUCCAGUCACUUCCCAGUUCCAGGCACUGCAAUUCAAGAAGGAUAUUGACAAGCUGGAACAUGACCAGAGGAGGGUGAUCAAAAUGAUCAAAGGUUUGGAUGCCAAGCCCUAUAAGGAACGGCUGAGAGAGCUGGAUCAGUUUGACGACCAUCACCUUCAGGAGUCAAUGCCUUUAUAACGUCAGCUGAUCAACAAAAGAAUCAUGCAUACUUGGAGUGACACUGGCAUUAUAAUUGUUCAUUUGCCAACAGCACAUGAAAAGAGCAAGUGUAGAUGGCAAGCUCCAGAGCUGCAAUUCCAAAUGGGAUUAAGAACUGGGAUAAUCAGGUUUCAUGCUCAAAUGAACUCCUGAGAAGAAACACAUAGGACUUGUACUAUCAAAGUCAUUGAACAAACAAAGAAUUACAUUCUCAGUGUCACAAUGAUUUUUUACAUGGAUUUAUUGUUAUUGGAUCCUCUUUACUGGAAAACAAGUUCCCACUAGUGGUUUCUUUACAUGAACCACUAGAUAAUUGAAGAGAAAAUAAACAUAGAGUCCGUGAUUCAUUUAUACCAUAAUCAGUUGUAGAGAAAGUUACAUGUAUCACAGUCAAUCAUAAAGACAGUAUGAAAUGUAACAGAAAAUUAAAAAAAACAUAUUCAGUUGGAGAGGAGAAAACUGAGAGGUAAUAUACAACUAUAUGUAAUUAUCUGAACGCUUGUCAUGUGGAUGAUAUCAUAAAGGUAAAACCCAAGCAAUGAAUUCAAGCAACAAGAAAAAAGAUUCCAAAUAAACAUAAGGGAUACACACACACACACUUCGGAUAGCAUAGAGAAGGGUUAACAUCUCUGUGGUGUUUGUUUUGUUGUCGGUGCCUCUGUUCAGAAGAUUUCACCUCACUUUCUAUCCCUGUGAUAAUUUUGAAAGAUUUGGCUUGUUGUGGAAACAAGGAUUGGUGAUAAAGCUUCAGCGGAGACACCUUU